CGCUGCCAGCAGCAGCUCAGUAUCCGACUCUGCGUGCGGUUCGUGAACGCUUGUUGAAAAUGGACCAGGACUGGAAAACUUUAGCCACCCAACGAGCCGAAUACGUGUCCGACCGUCUCCGCGGGCUAAUGUCCUCCGGUCUGGACUUUCUCCAGGUCGAGCUAGGGGUAGAUCUGGGCAUAAAGCCGAAAGAGUUUCCGUCGUGGGUGAUUCUGAGCGCAGCGCUGAGCGUUGUGGCACUACUGGUGCUGUUCGCGGCCUGUGGUCGAAGGAAGCGCCGAGCGACUACCGUCACUGCUACCGUGACUUCCAGCACCACAACCGACAGCCAGGUCAAAGCCGCCGUGCUACCGAAAACUGUGAAGACCGAACCAAGCGAACCGAGGAAGAAGAACAAAAAGAAAGCCGCUGACAAGAAGGCCCAGGCGAAUGGACAGACAGUGGCUGAACCUCAGGAGGAAACCCAAGUCCCUGAGGAGAAGAAAAAAAAAGCUGCACCUGCACCCACACCAGCACGAGUUCAGCCACCACCUGCUGAUCAGAAGAACAAGAAAAAUAAGAAGAAACCAAAACUAGAGAUGAAGUCAACCAAAGAUGCUUCCUCCACCGAUGGCAAGGAACCUGAAGAAGCAGGUGCUUGGGAAAUGAAGGUUAGUAAUCGAGAGAAACGUCAGCAACGCAAAAAAGAUAAGGGCCCUGGAGACGGCUCUGAGAGCCCUGAAGCUGGAGAUCGUGCCAGCCUGAAGGUAGAGCAACCGGUGGUUGCAGGAGCAACAGGCACCAAGAAGAACAAAGUGACCUCAAACUGGAAUGAUGUGAACUCAGUAAAUGGAAGAGGGUCGACUGAAGUGCCAGUGAAGGCCUCAUCCCAAAUGAACACUUCAAACAACGAGAAGUGGUCUGUUGGCAGAAAGAACAGUGAUAACUCCACCUGGAAACAAAAAUCAGAGGGGCCAUGCACUGGUAUGGAUGGUCGUGUUAAACCAGAUCCGAACCCAAUAAACUAUGCAAUGCUAAGAUUGAGCACUUCAGGUGGAGAGACUGUGACUCAGCCUAAAAUUGAAAUGGGGCAAAGGGACAAGGUCACUGCUGUUGACAAUGAGUGGUCCAGCUUCAAUGGUAUUGCUGCUGUGGACCCGAGUUCAGACUGGAACGCUCCUACUGAGACAUGGGGAAAUUAUGAGGAACACAAAGUAGAUACUCCUGCUCUGAAAGAGAUGCCAAUCUCUAAGCCACUUGGGGAAUCAAAUGAUGACAAGGACAAGGCAGAUCCUGCUGGAAGUGCUAAAUCCAAGAGAAGAAAGAAAAAGAAGGGACCAGAGGAAGAAAGUUCAGCCAAUGAGGUGACCCAAGAGAGUUCUGCUCCUGCAGAGAAGAUUGUGACCGUCAAAUCCAAUUCUCCUUGUGUGCCAAAGGAGGAGGUAUCCAAGCAAAAGGUCCCUCCACCAUCUUCACAAAAGAAAUCUGAUCAGAACUGGGAACCACCGAAGCAAGUUCAGAAGAAAAAGGCCAGGAGAGAGACAUGAACCUUGAAUAUCGUCCAGGAUAGCUUAUGCAAAUAGAUUGUUUAUGCAAUAAUUUCACAGUACAGAAUUUCAUACUGAAUAAAUUGACUGUGCUUUUAAAAAGAAAAUCCAAAAUAGCAACAAAACGUGAGUAAAGGUGAAACGGUCCAUGGACUGGAACACUACUUAUGUGCACUAUUAUGCUUCACUGAGGUUUGUUAAGGAGUACUUAUCCUCCUUGAUAUCAGACACCCUUUCAGUGGGGCAAAACAUUCAUGAUCAUUUUUUUUCCAAUGGGUACUGAACUAAUUUUGAAAUGUUUAUAAUCCUGAAGUUGAACAGUUGAAUUUCAUUUUGAGGACAUUUACUUUGCAUCAAUUACUGUUCUUGUGACACUUACUGAUGUACUACUAAGAUGCAUUAGAAAGUGCUGCAGUUAUGGAAGUGUUGCAUUUAGUGUGAGAUGCCACAGGAGGGCGCUGCAAGUCAGCAAUUUCCGCAGCAGUGCUUCUGUGACGUUAGCUUGAGCAGUGAGAGGUUUAUACUGUGGUGAAAAACAAGAGAACCAGUUAUAUUACAAAUAAUUUUCUAAUGCUAAACCUAUUUUCUUAGAGCUUUUCUUUCAUCCCAGUUAUAUAUUUUACCCAUAUAAUUGGGUCCGUGGAUCUUGGAGAUGUUUGGAGAUACAACUCUUCCCUUAUCAACUCUUAGUUGAUUUGAAUGCUUUAUUUCACACAACCUAAAGUAGAAAAAAACCAUGCCAUAUGUAUAGAACUACAAGGGCUUUUUUCUAUGCUAAAACUCUUCGUAAUUGCACUGUGCUGAAGGUUGUAAAAAUCCCACAUGUAUUGACUUUUUUUUUUUCUUGCACAGUGUGAACAUCUUGUUUGACUGAGUACAUUUGUAGAUUUAUUUGAUUAUGUUUUGAAAAAAUCAGCAAUGAUUAGAGCAGCUUUUAUUCCAUGACACUAAAACAAGUAUCAGUAUCAGGAGUCUGUUGCCUUAAUCUGUACUUGGUAGUGUAUGCUCUUUGUUCUCAAAGUCUUUUUAACUGGAGGUGUGGCGUUCACUUUCAUUUCAAAUUAGUUUGAUGUCAGUGUAGCACUUGCAUGAACUUAACCAUUUAUAGUGAUGGAAAAUGUCCUGAUUCUCUGUCCACUCGGGCAAGUACCACUCACUGUAAAUAUGCUUUAAUGAAUGAGAAUGGAUGUGGGGGGAUUUUAAAUGCUCAUUCUUAUAUGGCUUGACUUAGUUGUGUUUUGCCCAUGGUCAUUUUGUAAAUUUCGGUAGAUCAUGUGUUUCCGAGGCACUCUGGGCUUGCAGACGCCUGCCUUAGUUUAUCAUUCUAGGGUUACUCAUACGAUGUAUUUUAUGGAUUAAAGAAUGAUCAUGUUUAAUUAAGUCAAUGCAAUAUUUCUAUGUUGAUUUGUUAAAUAAAAGGAAAGGACAACUUCCUGCUAUUUUUUUCCCCCACGGCAGUGGUGCUCUAGCUAAAGGUGGAUAUUUUUAUUAUUAUUAUAUUGAUUGUAUUGACUCUACAAAUCUAUUUUUUGAUAGAUUUUGCUGUAUCCAGACCAUAGCAAAUGUAGUCUCGUGUCAUGUGCAGACUCAUAGUGACCUUUUCUGAUUUAAUUUUGGACCUGUGGUGCAUUAAUCCUUGUCUAUUGAUUUCUGUAGUUUCUCUUUCAAAAGAAUGUUUGUUUGUGUUUUAGUGGAAAUCCUCUGUGGUAGCCUUUCUACUGAUGUUGAAGGGGGAAAACAUUACAAAGAAACAAAAAGCAUAGAUCAUGAGAUCAUUGCGCUAAUCAAGUUAAUUACAUGGAUAUAUAUGUCUCAGGCAACUCUAAAACAUUUCAAUGUUUUCAUUUAUUUGGUUUCAAUAAAGCAGUCAUCUGUGAUUGCAUUUGCCAGUUUAAAAAUGUAAUUCUAAAACUUACAUCUAAACUUAUAUUAGUGAUUGACCAGUUUGGAUAUCAAGGUUCCUAACAUUUUGACCAAUUAAUUUCCAUGAUCUUGAAAACUGGAAAUUUGAAUUUUAUGAAUAAUUUUAAUUCUGACAGGCUGGCAAAUGAUUCAUUUGGGGCAAUUUGUGAACCGUUUGAACCAAUUUAUUGAAAAGAACCAACUCAACCUCUACAAAUGAGUGAUAACUAGGUGAUGCAAAACUAGAACAAUUUUAUUCAUUAGAAAUUUUCAUAAAUUAUGAUGUUAUUCAUUUCCAUUUCUUUUCCAGGCCUAGAAAACACAAUUUUAAAAUUCCUUGAUAUUUCCUAGUUUUCUAGGUGCAAUAUCUGGUGCCCAAUGAAUGAAAUAAAUGCUCUGCUAUAUGACAUUUCAUAAAAAUAUUCUGUAAAAUCAGGUGAUGUCUAUCACCUACGGAAUUUCACUGUGCAAAGUUAAAUGUUACUGAGUCUUAAUAUAGCCUAUUUGAAUACAAUUUGAUGACAGCAAAUAAGAUAUAUUUACUCAUAUAUUUCAAAAGCAUGAAAUGUGCAUUAUGCAUCAACAAGGCUGUCAGUAGACAAUGGUGGAAUGACCACUUCUAUAAGUAGUGCAAGCAGGUAAAGUUAUUGUUCUAUGUCAGUUGUCUAAAAAUAGCCAAAUAUUGGCCAAUUAAUCAGCCUGGCCAAUAUA